GGAAAAGGCUAGAAUUGAAAGCAGACACAGGGAGAGGGCAGCUCCCCUCCCUCUGCUUUAAGGAGGCGACGGCCGGGCUGUUCGGGCUCCUUUUGUUUCCCGCUAGCUGGGCCCUUGCUGCUCCCCCCUAUCGCCGCCUGCGGCAAAACCCCCCUCUCUUUGCAGCCACUUUGGCUUCUCCUCCUUUUUCUUUUUUUUUCUUUUUUUUUUUUCACCUCUUCCCGCUCAGCCUGUUGGGCUCUAAUCGAAAGUUUUGCUCCGCAAGCGGUCCCGGCAGAGGGUGGAGGGAGAAGGCAGGCAGAGGAGGAAGUCGGCGGGAGUCAGCUCCUCCUUGGAGCGGGAGCCUCCCCCCUUCUCCUCCUCCCGAGGUCGCUUUUAUUUAUCCACGCACACGCACGCACACGCGUGCACAGCCUCCGCCGGCCGCUGCCUCCACGCCGGGGCCUGGGGCGGCCGGACCCCUCCCGGGCGGGCUGGGGGCUGCCCGGGGCGCUGCGGGGAUGCGCUAGAGGAGCAAAGCCUUGGCUGCAGCCCAGCCCUGGCACAGCCUGUCCUUGCCUUUUUUUUUUUUUCCCUUUCCCUUCCUCCUCCUUUUACUCCUUCCCUUCCCUCUCUUUCUCCUUUAAGUGGAAAAGCCUUGCCAGCUGGGAAGGCAGGCGCUAAAGACAGCGGCAGAGGAGAGCGAGGCAUUCGCAGCGGCCAGCACCCCAGGACACGGCUCGCCCGCUGCGGCCCCCGCGCAAGGACUCGGCUGCUGUGCCAUGGACCCCACCAUGCCGUGCCCCUCGCUGAAGGCAACCCUUGGGCUCCUCUUCCUCACCGGUCUGCUGGAGGUAACGUCUGGGGGUAGCAGACUGCACAUCGAACCUGGAGAUGCUGAGAUCGUCCUUAACCUCCACAGCACCUUCUCCCUUGUGUGCUAUGGGGAUGGCAUGGUGGUCUGGGAACGGGAGGGUCAGGCUCUUGCCGCCUCGCUGGAGCACAAGGAUGGUGUCUUCGUCAGCAAUCUCACCCUCAGGAAUGUGACAGGCCGUCAAACGGGGGAGUACGUGUGCACCUACAGCCCUGACCAGGCUCCAGAGCCAACAGAGAGGAAGGCUGUUUACAUCUACGUUCCGGAUCCCUCCCUAGUCUUCCUCCCCACAGCCGCCGAGGAGCUCUUCAUCUUCAUCACGGGCUACACAGAGGCCGUCAUCCCAUGCCGUGUGACCAACCCGCAGAUGCAGGUGACCCUCUAUGAAAAGAAGGUGGAGAACCCCAUCCUAGCUGCUUACGACCCACAGCAGGGCUUCAAAGGCUUCUUUGAAGACAAGACUUACUUCUGUCGGACAAUUGUGGAUGACCAGGAGGUGGAUUCAGACACGUUCUAUGUCUACAGGAUCCAGGUUUCCUCCGUGAAUGUCUCUAUCAGUGCGGUGCAGACCAUAGUGAGGCAGGGAGAGAACAUUACCCUGAUGUGCACCGUGAGCGGCAAUGAGCUGGUCAACUUCAACUGGGCUUAUCCUCGCAAGAAGGCUGGGAAGGCUGUGGAGCCAGUGACUGACUUCCUGCCUGGAUCUACCCAUGAAAUCCGCUCCAUCCUCAUCAUCCAGAACGCAGAACUGGAAGACAGUGGGACAUACAUCUGCAACGUCUCGGAGGGCUACCACGAGAAAACAGACCGAAAAGAUAUCACAGUCCAUGUGAUCGAGCACGGCUUUGUGCGCUUCCACACUCACCUGGCCAGCACGGAGUAUGCCGAGGUCCAUAAGAGCCGCACCAUUCAGGUGGAGGUGGAAGCCUACCCACCGCCGACCAUCAUGUGGCUGAAGAACAACAAGACGUUGACCAUGGAGAGCAACAGCGAGUUCACCAUCUCCAGCAGGAACCUCUCAGAAACCAGGUACCAAACAGCUCUAGUCCUGGUGCGGGUGAAGCAGGAAGAAGGAGGAUUUUACACCAUCCGGGCUUUCAAUGAGGACGAUGUGCAGGAGCUGUCUUUCCAUCUGCAGAUAAAUGUGCCAGCCAAAGUGGUGGAUCUCAAGGAGAACAGCAGUGCCAGCAGCGGGGAGCAGACCGUAACGUGCUCUGCUGAAGGGAUGCCGCAGCCAGAGAUCAGCUGGUCCACCUGCAGUGACAUCAAAUGGUGCAGCACCAAGGGGCACCCCACGCGGCUGCUGGGGAAUGACUCCGCCGAGAUCGGCCUGCAGACCAACGCCACGUACCACGCGGAGCUGCAGGUGUACCGCGUGAACAGCACCCUGCAGCUCCACAGGGUGGACGAGCCCCUGCUGCUGAGAUGCACCGUGCAAAACUUCCUGGGCAUGAACUCCCAGGACAUCACGCUGGUCCCACACACCUUGCCGUUUAAAGUGGUCAUCAUCUCUGUCAUCCUGGCCUUGCUGGUCCUUACCGUCAUCUCCCUGGUCAUCCUCAUCGUCCUGUGGCAGAAGAAACCGCGUUACGAAAUCCGCUGGAAGGUGAUCGAGUCAGUCAGCUCUGAUGGGCAUGAGUACAUCUACGUGGAUCCCAUGCAGCUCCCUUAUGACUCCAGCUGGGAGGUGCCCAGGGACAAGCUGGUGUUAGGACGCACUCUUGGCUCCGGUGCCUUUGGACGCGUGGUGGAGGCGACAGCCCAUGGUUUGAGCCAUUCGCAGUCCACCAUGAAAGUGGCAGUCAAAAUGCUCAAGUCUACCGCCAGAAGCAGCGAGAAGCAGGCCCUCAUGUCUGAGCUGAAGAUCAUGAGCCACCUGGGACCUCACCUGAACAUUGUCAACUUGCUGGGGGCCUGCACAAAAGGAGGUCCCAUCUAUAUCAUCACCGAGUACUGCCGCUACGGGGACCUGGUGGACUACCUGCACCACAACAAGCACACCUUUCUGCAGUCCUACAGCGAGAAAGCCCGGCGAGAGGCAGAGAUGUACGGGAACACCACCAAGGAGGACCACGUGCAGAGCCACCUCUCCUUAUCUGUUGAGAGUGAUGGGGGCUACAUGGACAUGAGCAAGGACGACUCCCUGGAUUAUGUGCCCAUGUCUGAUAUGAAGGGUGAAGUCAAGUAUGCUGACAUUGAGUCCUCCAACUACGGCACCCCGUAUGAGCUGGACAGCUAUUCCCCGUCAGCUCCUGAAAGAACAGACCGGGUGACACUGAUAAACGAGUCUCCGCUUCUCAGCUACAUGGACUUGGUUGGGUUUAGCUUCCAGGUGGCCAACGGGAUGGAGUUCCUGGCUUCCAAAAACUGCGUGCAUCGUGACCUGGCCGCAAGGAAUGUCCUCAUCUGCGAGGGGAAGCUGGUGAAGAUCUGUGACUUUGGCCUGGCAAGGGACAUCAUGAGGGAUUCCAACUACAUCUCCAAAGGCAGUACCUUCUUGCCUCUUAAGUGGAUGGCCCCAGAGAGCAUCUUCAACAACCUGUACACCACUCUGAGUGAUGUGUGGUCCUUUGGGAUUCUCCUCUGGGAGAUAUUCACUCUGGGAGGGACUCCAUACCCCGAACUGCCUAUGAACGAACAGUUCUACAAUGCCAUCAAACGUGGCUAUCGGAUGUCCAAACCCACCCAUGCCUCUGAUGAAAUCUACGAUAUCAUGCAGAAGUGCUGGGAGGAGAAGUUUGAGAUAAGACCGUCCUUUUCACAGCUGGUGGUGCUUAUGGGAAACCUCUUGGUGGAUUGCUACAGAAAGAGGUACCAGCAGGUGGAUGAAGAGUUCAUGAAGAGUGACCACCCCGCCGUUGUCCGCACAAGACCCACGAUCCCCGGGCUGAACAAUGCCAGGCCUGCUCCCAGCUCCCCCACCAGCAGCAUCCUCUACACAGCUGUGCACCAGAACGGGGGCGAGAACGAUUAUAUCAUCCCCCUUCCUGACCCCAAGCCUGAGGGAAUCUGCGACCUCCCUCAGGAGGCCUCCGUUAGCCGGGCCAGCUCUAUGCUGAACGAGGUGAACACGUCUUCUACAAUAUCCUGUGACAGCCCCUUGGGCCCUCAGCAGGACGAGGAGCAGGAGUCGGAGCCGCAGCCGGGCUGCCAGGAGCCGAACACGGGGCACCACGAGGUGGAGGAGAGUUUCCUGUAGUCAGAGCUGGGCUGACUCUGCAUCUCCCCACAGCAAGGCCAGCUGAGGGGCUGAACCAGACGUCGCAGAGAGCCAAGCUUUGCACUUGUUCAUAGGGACAUCCCCACCUGUCCUGGCAUUCCUCCCUCCCUCCCAUCUCCUGGGAUCAGGUGGGAAAUUAGAGACUUUUCCCCACUGCCAUCCUCUUCCCCUGUUACAAAGAGGUGGCUCAGCGCCAUCAACCCUCCAUAUCACUGCCACAUCCUCCCCAGUGAUCAAACCACUGCUGGAAGGAGACAUCUCACAGACCAACAUGUUCUCUUCAAGUGGAAGACACAGGCCAGAUCUCCACAUGAGGGGCCACUUUCUGCCUUGCUAAUAUGAUCCUCCAACCUCUUCGCUCUCCACACUCAUUACAUGGCAAUGAGUUUCAGCUCCUCUGCACCAGCACUUCUCUGACGGUCUGAGCACUAGCCAUACUGUGGCACAGGUUCUGUGAAAUGCCACCAGGACAGAAGAUUUCCUUGGCGCCCAUCGCCGGGGUGUAGAGAAGCCGUAACACCCAACUCCCACUGCUGGAGAUCAAGAGCACAUUGAGUGGAUUCUCCUUCAAGCACAGCCAAGGCCUGGAGAGACCGGAGAGUGUCUUGGAGAUAUCGGAUCACCUUUCUCGACAGCUCCUCUACGGUGGAUAGUGUAUCAGAAGCACUACAGGUACCAUGGCUCUGGGCUGCAGCUCUGCUCCCCCCUGGAGGGACUGUCACACCCUGAACCCCUUUCUGCCCAGCACAGCACCUAGGGAUCCCAAGGGCAUGCCAGGAACAGGAAACGCUCUGACGAUGACUUUGUUGCGGUAGCAAACAGGGCAAUCCAGUGUUGCUGUUGCCUGUGUGGACAUCGAGCUAAAUAGCCUCUAUUGAAGAUUUAAAGGGAACAAAUAUAUUAAUCCAGUCAGGGCCAGUAUAAGGAAUAAACAUGGCUAUUCAUUAAUCUUCUACUGCCACUGAGCCCAGCUCAUCUGCUGGGAAGUCAUAUAACCCUGUCGGCUGCAAAAUCUUUGUGCUUUAUCUUUGGGAAGCAAAGGCUCCUUUGUGGUAGACUGUUCACCCUCUUUCACAGACUGGGAGAUCUCACCGGUCCCUCCUGAGUCGUAGCAAGACUGUGGGGAGCAAUUAGGAUGCCAGAACACCAACCCAGGGACAUUGCGAAAGAGAGAGCAGGAGAGAGGUCGGAAGGCUGUUUGGCCAGGGCUGAACUGUGUCUAACACCCCGCCACUUCAAAUUUUUCUGUUGGCCAAAAUACACAAAGGAAGGUAGGUUUCAACAACAGCAUUUCUGCUGGCCAGGCACAGUCAUUUGCAGCCUGCUGGGGACUGUGGAUGAAGUGCCAUGGGGAACCAAGCAGAACAAGAGGAAUCAUGCAAGAUUCCUCUCUCUUGGAAAGGGUUUUGAAGAAUAAAAUGAUGGAGAUCUUCCUCCUGCUUUUGCCUCCUUCCCAGCUCUCACAGACAGGCCUGGGACCUCUUGUGCUCUCGGAUGGCACUUGAAUGAGGAGACUCAAAGCAGGAGAAACAUCAGACUUUUGAAAUCAGCUGUGAGCUCCUGCUCUAUAGAGAGGAAAGCUGGACCCCAAAAGCCACAACUGUGACAUCAGCAUAGAAAUGAGCAGGCUUUUUCCCAAAAGGAGAAGUUUCACCUUGCACAGAGCUCUAUUUGCUGCAUGGCCCUCACUCCUGUUAACCCCUUUGCUGCCCUGCUUAUGCACAUCUCUGUGUGUGUCCUACAAAAACUGCACGGACAAGUUUGAAAAUUCAGUCAGUGUCUUUCUGGGUUUCAGCCACCUCAGAGCUAUUGAGAGUUCUUCUUUUUUCUUGGAAAAUCUGAGACUUCUUCCAGAAAACCCCAAGCAAGAUAGUUUCUAUCUUAAGUUGUCAAUCAUUACUAGUUAGUAACACUGCCAUUUAUGCAACGAAAAGAGGAGUAGAUAUUUUGUGGGCUGAUAUUGUUGAUAAAAUGUGAACAUAAGAAAUAGCACUUUUAUUAGUAGCCAGUGGAGUAUAUUUUCAACCCAUAUAGUCAGAUUCCCCUUCAUCCAUAGGGAUCACACUGUGAAUGACAGCUGUUUUCCAUGCUCUGUUCCUCCUGCUUAUAAGAAAGGAGCCACCUUCUGUGGUCUUGAUUCAAAGAACAAUGCUUACCACAGGGAAGCAAUAAUGCCUGACAUCUUUGGGGUCAGACCACUUUAUUUUUCUAACUUCCAAGGUGCUUUGUAGGAUCCAUGUCCCUGCAACUUGAGCCCAUAGGAUGCUACACUAGAUCAUCCUAACAGCCACUGUCUGUGCUAGCUCCAUUUUCAAUUUGUCCUUCUCUAUCAAGGGUGACGAGAAGUAGCCAGUACUCUAGGGCAGGUCAAAUCAGGACCUCGCACAGGGCAUUAAUAUGUUCUGAUCUGUGCUGGAAUUGUCUUGCCUGAUGUAGCUUUGGCUAACGUUGGCCUUUUCCCAGUCACAACAUACUGGUAGUUUGGACUCAUCCCCUGACUGAUCGAGGCACCCACGUCGUUCUACUCUUCUGGCAUUUCUAACCAAGAUACUUCCUGCUGUUCCAGACAUUGGGUCAUCAGCACAUUUUAUUAACAAACAUAUUAUUUUUGGGCUGGACUAACUAAUAAAAAUAUUUAAUGCUUUUGGUCUCAAGAGCAACCCUGGAGAACCACUUCUGCUACCUCCCUCCAGCCCAAAAGAUUUCCCCAUCCAUUAACCCAUUCUCACCCUCCUUUGGGACAUUUCCUUAUUCACUUCACAAUUCCUGCACUAAACUCCAUGUUCUACAGAUGAAUUACUAAUUUCCCACUAUCAAAUGCUUUUCCACAGUCCUGAAAGCAAAGAUCUAUUUCUUCUCCCUAAGGGGGAACUCAGGUAUCCUCUCCUAUUGGUUGGGCAUUCACUACACUUGGAUGGCUAUUGCAUUUUUAUCCUGUUUGUGCAUCUAUUUCAAUUAUCCUUUGCACCUGUUCUGGCUACUGAUGGGGUCAGAUUUGUCAGCAAAUUGCUGCUAAUCCCACUUCCCUCUCCCUUCUUAACAUCGGUACGCCAAUCUCUUUGCAUUAUGGUACCAUUCUCAACUCCAGAGAGGUAUGACCAAAUUUCCCUUUGGCCCUGGGAUCACAAGGGCCAAGUCUUGCACUUUGCGGUACUUUCCUAUGCUAAUUUGGCUAUUCCUAUAACCCCUUAGUGAGGGCAUGCACAUGCAUUGCAGGGAGCAAAUCUCAGCCCAGGACAGAGCAGCAGCUCUGGCUGCUGGUGCAGGUACCCUGGCACUGGAUGCUGCCUGGUACUGGUAAUGAACUGGUAAGCUCUGCACCAGCGAUGGCUCCAGCUGCACAUCCCAGUAGCCCCAGCUGGGUGAACUCUCCUCUAGGAGAGAGCUUUGCAGGGACAGAGGCUUCCAGCAGCUCCGAAAACAAGCUCACUCUGCACAGGGAGCUGGACCCAGCCCUCUCUCCCUCUCUCUCUGCUUCCCACAUUCCAGUCCCCACACGGUCUGACGGGUGAGGGCUGUGGGAAAUGGUUGGUUGUUCUGGGCCUAUCAGUUUUGUAGCCAUAAUUUCUCUGAUGAGAUUCUGAAGGGAAGCGGUCCCUCCGGGUUUUCAGUUUUGAUGAUGAGUAUUUUUGUUGGGGUGUGUUUUUAUGUUCAGAGGUGGACCCAAACUGAGACUUUUACUCACGGCCCAGAUCCCCAGAAGGGACACAUGCCACAGCUUGGGCCCACCUCUAGUGCAAUAUCUUUUAUUUGUAGACCAUAUUUUACUCUACAGCUGUUGCAUCGUUAUCAGCACCAAUAUAUGCAUAAUCCUACUGCCAGUCACUAUUUCAUAUGUGCCUAAGUGUAUCCCAGAAACUAAUGUGACACUCUGGUGUCUCUUUCCAUGUUUAAGAUGUGUCUCAGACUGAUGUGUGCGCAGGUUUUAAUCCUUCUCUCCUUGGUUUGCGCGUGUUUCUAUUUUUUUUAAGUGAGAGUGUCAUGUCUAGUGUUUGUUUGUGUCGUGUUAUGAAAUCUAGAGCACAGUGGACUUUACUUAUAACUAAAUCGUCUCUAUUCACCUGUCGAGGGGACUGUGGUGGAGUCCCGCGGGGAUGGGACACAGAAGUGCAAUGCAGAUGUGCAGCCAGAAGGAAGUUAGCCCGAAGUGGGAAAUGGCUCUUCCCCUUCUUCCCAGUCAGGGCUCACCAGCUCUCCAGAGUGGGGAGACACAGCACCGCAGAUACAGGGUACUAGGUAGUGGGUUAGGUUUUGGCUGUGGGGAAGUCCAGGGUCCGCCUGUGUAAAACUGGGUAGAUCUGGAGAAGGGGAUUCACAGACAUCUCCUUUUGGGGGCUUUUUCUAAAAUGGGAUGUCAGCUAAUGCACUGCGGAGGCAAACCCCCUGCUCCAACGCACAGGUGCUAGGAAAGGUCUCCAGCUGGGCUCGGUGCCUAGCUCGAAUACAGUGCAAAUUGCACAACCUCACGUGUGCCCACAUGGACCGGAGAGCAGUGGGCUGCCAAGUCAGCCCCGGGGAGCACAGCCUGGGCUCUCUGGGACAUGCCCAGGUGGAUGCAGAGGACUCUGGCAAAGGCAGGGGAACUGCUCCAGUUUAGCCCAGGUGGCACUUGGAGAGAUGGCUCUUCUUGCUGGACUGCGAGGAGGCAUGAAGGUCAGCUAGAGCUGAGGGUGUACUGGGAGGCCUGCAGUGUCCCACUUGUUCCUCUCCUUUCCUCCUUUAUGGAGCACACCGAAGUUACAAAGGCCUGCAAAACUUGCCCGAAGCGUGCUCGCUGCCCUCUCCCAGCCGCUGUGCUAACUAGCUGGGAUCAUGCUGUUACUCUGCAGCAUCCCUGAAGGGAAACAGCACCUGCUUCCACACUGUCUGCCAGAAACCAUCCUGGGGCGAGGAAGAUAACAGAGUUCAGACUGAGGUACCAAAGAGUUAACAUUCUCCUAGGUUUACAGAUGUAUUUGUAGGACUUGUACUAUGUCACAUCUAUAGCCAUGGGAUAUUAUUUUUAUGCUGUAAACUUUUACAAAUAUGUUUUUAAAGAAAAAGUUUAAAAUUAAAGGUGUUUCUUCUUUUUGCAAA